AUGUAUGGACAGAAGGCUCGUCUUGCAGAGGCACUAGGUAUUAUCAAUGAGGUCACAGACACAGAGGAGGAAGAGACAGGUGUUGAAGAGCAAGAAGAACCAUCCGCUGUCAUUAACUGCAUCUCCUGUGCCAAAGUAGGGGACACUGUGAUGGUUCCUGUUCCAUUAGUUGACCGCGGACGUGCAGAGUUUCCUAAUGUGAAGGCAGUUGUUUUUCAGGCAUUGGACAAUGGCACAUAUAAGCUUGGUACAAAACACGGCCUGCUUAAACAGGUGUACACUCGCAACCAAUUUAUUCCAUGUCUAGAAAAAUUCCUUUCGCUAGAUGAUGUUGUACAGGAGCGGGAAAUAAGCCUGCGGAAAGUAGCUAUUGCGGAAUCAAUGGGACAAGUUGCUGACUAUCUCUCUGCAAACGAUAUCAAGCUAGAGGUGACUAACCUGAUGGAUAUGAACUUGGAAAAGGACGAGGAGAUAGAAAAGUUGAAAAAGGAAGUUAUUGAAAUUGGAAAGCAAAUUGAAGGUCUGGAAAAAGAGGUCAUAGAGUUAAUGAAGGGUAAUGAGAGGAGGAAAGCUAAGAUGGAAAAAGAAAUAACAAACCUGAAAGAAGAGUUAAUUUACCUGCAGGAUAUGAAUUUGGAAAAGGACGAGGAGAUUGAAAAGUGCAAAAGGGAAGCAAUUGAAAUUGGAAAGAGAAUCGAAGGUCUGGAAGAUGAGGUCAUCGAGUUGAUGGAGGAGAAUCAGAGAAGGAAAAAUAAGAUGGAAAAUGAAAUAACAGACCUCAAAGAAGAGUUGAUAAAAAUGCAAGAUAUGAAUUUGGAAAAGGAUGAGGAGAUUGAAAAGUGCAAAAAGGAAGCAAUUGAAGUUGGAGAGACAAUUGAAGUUCUGGAAAAUGAGGUGAUUGAAUUGAUGGAUGAGAAUCAGAGGAGAAAAACUAAGAUGGAAAAUGAAAUAAACUACCUCAAAGAAGAGUCGAUGAAUCUACAGUCACUGAACAUGGUAAAGGACAAGGAGAUUGAAAAGUGCAAAAAGGAAGUGAUUGAAAUUGGAAAGAAAAUUGAGGGUCUGGAAAAUGAGGUAAUUGAGUUGAUGGAGGGUAAUCAGUGGAUGGAAAAAGAAAUGACAGACCUUAAAGAAGAGUUCAUUUACCUGCGGGAUUUGAAUGUGGAAAAGGAGGAGGAGAUUGAAAAGUUGAAAAAGGAAGAAAUAGAAUUUGUAGCGACAAUUGAAGGUCUGAAAAAUGAGAUCAUUGAGUCGAUGGAGGAGAAACAGAAGGGGAAAACAGAUAUGAAAGCGGUAAUGAACAACCUAAAAGAGUUAAUCAAAGAGCAUGAUAUGAAUAUGGAAAAUGAUAUAAAAUGA